AUGCCAGCCCUAUAUGCAGCGCUAGCCCAAAGUGCGGAAACCGCCCCACAUCAACUGGCCCGGCGUGACCUGACUGUCAACCACACCCAAGCCGUCACCUUGGGUGUGAUGGGAGCGUAUGUGGUUGUCAUCGCACUAUUAUGGAAUCUACCAUAUAUCCGCUGGGUACUAUGGCCCUUCAAGAUGCUGGUGAUUGCCUUCCAUGAAUUCGGCCAUGCGAUUACUGCCUGCUGUACUGGCGGAAAAGUCAAGUCCAUCUCACUGGAUCCGCAUGAAGGUGGCGUCACCCACAUGCAGGGCGGUAUGAGUGCCAUCACCCUUCCUGCUGGGUACCUGGGGUCAUCGAUUAUCGGCGCUCUAUUGAUCUUCGCUGGAUUUAAUAUUGUCGCCAGCAAGGUUGCCAGCAUCGUCCUCGGUGUCUGCUUCCUGCUUACCCUAUGGUGGGCACGGAGAGACUGGUUAACUAUCAUGACUGUUCUUCUUGCGGUCGGGUUGUUGGUGGCAUGCUGGUUCAUUGCCCAUGGUGAAGCCUUGCGCUGGGUCGUGUUGUUUAUUGGUGUUAUGUCUGGUCUGUAUAGCGUCUGGGAUAUUUGCGAUGAUCUCAUCCUUCGCAAAGUAAACAGCUCCGAUGCCAGCGUGUUUGCGAAGAGAUACGGUGGAUCUUCCCAGUGCUGGGGAGUCAUCUGGUCUCUUAUCUCUCUUGCUUUUAUGGCUAUUGGCAUCAUUGGUGGAAUCGCAGCAUUCCACGAGUCAUUCAGUGAACAACAGACCGAUUCUAAGAACUUCAUCCCGACUCGCUAG